UCCCCUCCCCGCCGGGAGCGCGCGCGCCUCCCGCCCUCGCGCCGGGUGCCUGUGGGUCUCGGAGCCCCGCACGCUCCCCACCCCCGAGCUCCCGCAACAGCCGUCGCGUCGGCAGCGGCUCUCCCGCCCGGCCGGCCCUCGCGUGGAGCAGGCCCUUCCUUUUCCCCGUCGCCGUCCCAGCUCCGCCGCUUUUCCCGCCCUUCUCUCCUUCGGGUCCGCCGAGAGCGGCUGGCCGGAGGACGCGGCAGGGCUGGAGAAGGGCGCCGGGAAGAUGGAGGUGCCGCGCUCGGAGCGCGCCCUGAGCAGCCCCUCCAGCCCCUGUGAGGAGGUGAUCAAGAACCUCAGCCUGGAGGCCAUUCAGCUCUGCGACCGCGACGGAAACAAAUCACAAGAUAGUGGAAUAGCAGAGAUGGAAGAACUUCCUGUACCGCGUAACAUCAAAAUAAGCAACAUUACAUGCGAUUCCUUUAAGAUCUCAUGGGAAAUGGACUCCAAGUCAAAGGACCGUAUCACACACUAUUUCAUUGACCUCAACAAGAAAGAGAACAAGAACUCCAAUAAAUUUAAACACAAGGAUGUCCCAACAAAAUUGGUGGCCAAAGCUGUUCCGUUGCCCAUGACUGUCCGGGGACACUGGUUCUUGAGCCCAAGGACUGAGUAUACAGUGGCCGUGCAGACGGCCUCCAAACAGGUCGAUGGCGACUAUGUUGUGUCUGAAUGGAGUGAAAUUAUAGAAUUCUGCACAGCAGACUAUUCAAAAGUUCACCUAACACAGCUGUUGGAAAAGGCUGAAGUGAUUGCAGGACGCAUGCUUAAAUGCUGUGUUUUUUAUCGCAACCAGCACAAAGAAUAUUUUGACUAUAUUCGAGAACAUCAUGGAAAUGCGAUGCAACCCUCUGUCAAGGAUAACAGCGGCAGCCAUGGCUCUCCUAUCAGUGGAAAACUAGAAGGCAUCUUCUUCAGCUGCAGCACUGAAUUCAACACUGGGAAGCCACCCCAGGAUUCCCCUUAUGGAAGAUACAGGUUUGAGAUUACAGCGGAGAAACUGUUUAACCCCAAUACUAACUUAUACUUUGGGGACUUCUACUGUAUGUACACUGCUUAUCAUUAUGUGAUUCUUGUGAUUGCCCCUGUGGGAUCACCAGGAGAUGAAUUCUGUAAGCAGCGUCUUCCUCAACUAAAUUCCAAGGAUAAUAAAUUUUUGACCUGCACAGAAGAAGAUGGGGUCCUGGUUUACCACCAUGCCCAGGAUGUCAUUUUAGAAGUCAUUUACACCGACCCUGUGGAUCUCUCCCUGGGCACCGUGGCAGAAAUCACUGGUCAUCAGCUCAUGAGUUUGUCUACUGCCAAUGCAAAGAAAGAUCCCAGCUGCAAAACCUGUAAUAUCAGUGUUGGACGUUAACGCCACUUUUCUUCUUCUUCCUUAGUCCAUUUUCUCCCCUUAGGAAAAUCGAUGAUGUUGUCUGUUCUCAUCAGCAGAUGUCCCCACUGAAGCAUGCACAUGCCGCUGCCGCCACGAGCAAGCCUGUCACUUCGUAAAUUUCAUUCAGAAUUCUCCUAGUGUUCCCUCUUCCCUGCCCUUACCACCCACUACCACUGAUGAGUGUGUCUGCAUUCUGACACUUUCUUACCUAGAUGCUGCAAGGUUUUUCUUUUUUCUUUAUGCCAAACAUAACAAAACAGUGAUAUAAACCGCUUUAGCAAAAUACAAAAUAACGGCUUAUAAAUGGUGUUUAAAUAUGCAUUCAUUUUAAUCUACUGAACCGAUACUGGGAUAACUCCAAAGCGCAUGAAAGGUUGUAAUUGCAGCAUGAGUUAAAUCUUGAAGCCUAGAAUUGUCAGCACUCCAAGUUGUUGUUUGACGGUGUUAUUUAUGUUAUUUAUAUUAGCUAACAGGAAGCAACUACUGUGUUUCAACAUAAUAAAUAUAAUAGAAAAAUAUUUUAUUUGUAUUGCUGUAUAAAAUAUUUACAGUCAUAUAGAAUAUAUAGUUACAUUUUAAUAGCAAUUAAAUGUUAUACAUGUCACGAAACCAUUUCCCUUAUCAAAGUUGUAGUUUGUAAACUUCAAAUAGUUGUGUAUCUCUGUCCUGUUAUAAGUAGAUGACUUUAAUUAAACAGAUUAUGAAGGACAA